AUGCGACACGCACGUUUCUCGACAGCUGAUGUCGACUCGCUGGGUGAUGAUGGCGAGUUCCUCAACAAAAACAAUUUGUUCGUCUCGGAAACGACCAUUUGUUUGUGCAAAUGUAAAGCGAUUCUUUGGGUCAGUAAAUCGCUACGUAUUAUAUUACCGCUUGAGUUACGAACUGCUCGAAUGAUUGAUUUCCAGCUGACAGUGACAGUGCUACUAACUGGACGUGUGCUUGCACUAGCAACACAAAUUGAGAACAAAACUCAAGAAGGCAUUGAUGAGCGCGCUGAACGGAGAGAGACGGUGUGCACUCUCAGUGCUAGGCAUUCCCCUGGAAUACCAAUAAUUCAGCCGGCGCGCAUUGUAACUUUGAUCACCUUAGGAUUCAUCGCAUGA